AUGAUUAGGAUCAAAGCAUUCAUAUUGUGCACUACCAUCAUUGGUUAUUCUCAUGGAUCUGGAUUAAGUUUUGAUGGUCUAUCUCUUGGAGAUCAUAAUGGUGGUUUUGAUUUAGGAGGUCAUUAUGGAGGUAGUCUCACUCUUGGAGAAAUUUCAGUUCAUCAUGGAGACGAAUUACCGGCCAUAGAUUUAGGGGGAGGUCACUUAGGAGGUGGCUGGGAUUCUGGAAUAUCUCUUGGAGGUCAUGGUGGUUAUGGAGGUCAUGGUGGUUAUGGUGAUCAUGGAUUAAAUUUUAUUCCUUCCAUCAAACAUAUUGGUGUACCAGUUGUGAAAAAAAUUCCCAUCAGCAUUCCUAAACUUAUGGUGCAAACGGAGCCACAACCAUAUCCUGUAAACGUUUUUGUUCCUAAACCUGUACCAUACGAAGUAGUAAAACCAGUGAUUACGAAAGUUGAGAAGAAAGUUCCAACUCCGGUUGAGAAGAUAAUACCUUAUAAAAUUGAAAAACCAGUACCUUUUAAGGUAUACAAACAUAUUCCUGUACCAGUAUUAAAACCAAUACCGAUCAAGAUACCAAUUUAUAAAACAAUAAUAAUAAUUUUGGCUUUAAUCGGUUCAUCCUUCGCCGGUCAUUACGAUGAAGAUCACGGUCAAUCAACUUACGAAGAAAAAUCAAAGACAGUUGAAAUACCGAUUUACAAAAAAUAUGCUAUUCCAAUACCACAUCCGGUGCCGGUAGAAAUUCCUCAAGAAAUCAAAAUACCUAUACCUCAACCUUAUCAAGUGCCGGUUGAAAUUCCUCAACCUUAUCCUGUUGAAGUUGUCAAGCAAAUAGAAGUACCUGUAGAGAAACCGGAACCGUAUGUCGUUGAAAAACAUGUUCCUUACGUAGUAGAAAAACCAUAUCCAGUUUACGUCGAAAAGAAAUUUCCGGUUCCAGUAGCGAAACCUUAUCCUGUUCACGUUCCAAUCUACAAACAUGUAUUUCACCACACGUCAAAGGGCAAAGGAUGGGCGUUUGUUAAUCUUGUGAUGAUAAUGUCCAGCUUUCAUGCCACCUUUUUUGAGGUCUUCCAGAUUAUGUUAUUUGUUUGUGUAAUAUAGAUUUUAGCCACAAUGGUGGCUGCAGUCUGGGCUGGUUAUGAAGAAGAUCAUGGUGGUUCUACCUAUCACGAAACUUCGAAACCCGUGGAAAUACCGAUUUACAAAAAAUAUGCUAUACCGAUUCCACACCCGGUUCCAGUAGCAAUACCACAACAGAUUAAAGUACCGAUACCGCAACCAUAUCAAGUACAGGUACCAGUGCCACAUCCGGUCCCCGUGGAAGUUGUUAAACAUGUUGAGAUUCCUGUAGAAAAACCUGAACCAUACGUGGUUGAAAAGAAGGUACCAUACGUGGUUGAGAAACCAUAUGCAGUAACUGUCGAGAAACAUUUUCCAGUACCGAUACCAAAACCAUAUCCUGUACAUGUGCCAGUUUAUAAGCACGUUUUUCAUCAUCAAAGUAAAGGACAUCACGGUUGGAAGCACCAUUAA